GUCAUUCCUUUGUCUUGCGAUGCGAAGCGAACUGCGAAUACUGCGAUUUAUCCAGUUCCGGUCAGGUCAGCCAGCAACGCAAACCAACGCCAAAGCGAAGUUGUUUUGUCUGUCUGUGAACUUGUGAAGUGGUUGUGUGCCAAUCUCUAUUUUGUGUACUCGUGGUAAUUUUAUUAAUAUUCAAUUGAAAGCACAGUGGCUCGACUUUUAAUUUCUUUGUGAUAGUGGUUCAACGGACUGAGCUUACAUGAUUGGAUUACCGCGUAGCGAUAGAGAUAGAGAUCGUAUAACGGUGAAAAUACGUAACAUGAAAAGGAGUUCGUCAAGGGACAGUAUGCCGCGGUCGAAAAGGACGCGCAGUAGCAUAGGCCGCUACGACGACAGCUCUGACGAACGGGUUACUCCUGAGAGAGUGCGGCGCCGGGUUCGCUCGCCGAGUCCCCGCGGACGCUAUGUGUCCCCGCAUCGUGAUGACUAUGUCCGUUCCCGAGAACUGCGAGAGGAUUCCUCUCGUCCCUACUAUAAGGUGUUGUGUGUCAGCGCCCUACAUCCGAAAGCAUCCGAUGAAAUUGUAAAAGAUACCUUGUAUAGGGAAUACAAAAAGUUUGGGGAUUUCAGUAUUAAGAUUUCCCAUGAAUUAGAUGAAAGGGUUGCAUAUGUUUGUUUUCGCAGCGCUGAGGAUGCAAGGGAUGCUAAACAUGCAAAGCCUAGGAUAAUAUUAUAUGAUAAAGUGGCAAUUGUGGAUCCAGUAUAUGAACCAGUAAGAUCAGAGUACAGAAGCAGGCCAAGAAGCAUCACACCACCUGAUUAUGACCGCCCAUACUCUUACACUUGGUCUCCUGUGCCUGAGAGACGUCGCCCCCCUCCAGAUGAUAGAGCUUAUGGAAUCCCACCAACUGUCCCUCAUCAUAGAGAUUUUCGUCCUCCAAUGCACGAGUAUCCAAUGGCAGGUCCUCACGGCCCUCCAAUGCAUCAUAGGCCACCUAUGCAUCAUCCACCCCAUCCCCAUUAUAUGCCACGCCCCUACAUGCCGAGACCACAUCAUCCACCUUUUGAGAAAAUGGAAAAUAAGAAGGACAAAUUUCCAAAUUACCUCCAUCAUGUUCAACCAGAGGAUGACCCUCUUGCUACCCGAACAUUAUUUGCUGGUAAUUUAGAAAUCAACAUAUCAGAUGAAGAACUUCGUCGUAUAUUUGGCCGGUUUGGAAUUGUUGAAGAUAUUGACAUCAAACGCCCGCCGCCUGGCACUGGCAAUGCUUUUGCCUUUGUGAGAUAUCAGACUUUAGAUAUGGCUCACAGGGCUAAAGUGGAACUUUCAGGGCAAUAUAUUGGCAAAUUUCAAUGCAAAAUUGGAUAUGGUAAAGCAACUCCUACUACACGUGUAUGGGUGGGUGGUUUAGGCCCUUGGACUUCAGUUGCCCAACUUGAAAGAGAAUUUGACAGGUUUGGAGCUAUCAAGAAAAUAGAAUAUGCCAAAGGUGAAGCACAUGCAUACAUUUUAUAUGAUUCAAUUGAUGCAGCCCAAGCUGCUGUCAAAGAAAUGAGAGGUUUUGCUCUGGGUGGACCUGAUAGGCGUCUACGUAUUGAUUUUGCAGAUGUAGGCAAUGGUGGGCCGUAUAGGCCUAAACCAUAUGCUCCACCAGUAGGUGAAGAUGGAAGACCUGUUGAAGGUUAUGAAGGAUAUGAAGGAACUUGGGAAGAUGGAUACACUUAUGGAACUCCAGGUUAUAGGGGAAGAGGUGGACAUCGUGGAAGGGGACGUGGAAUGUAUAGAGGGGUCUAUCAUGGAUCGGCUGACUACAGGGAUGAGGAGUGGCGAAGAGCUCCUGUAGACAGUGAAUAUGAGGGUCGCAUACGUCGUUCUGGAUCGCGGGAACCAGGUGUGGAUAGGUCGCGCUCCCGCUCCCCGCGUCGCAGAUCUCCUGACAGCGACUCGGAUGGGUCACCGCGUCGAUCUGGUGGCAUGCUAGCAUCUGCCAGAACCUUACCUGAAGUUGUACGCAAGGCGACCACAAUAUGGAAUGGAGCACUUAUCCUGAAAAACUCACUAUUCCCAACCAAAUUCCACCUCACUGAUGGUGAUUCCGAAAUUAUUGACAGCUUAAUGAAAGAUGAGGAUGGUAAGAAUCAACUGAGAAUCACCCAAAGAUUGCGCUUGGAUCAGCCUAAACUAGAUGAUGUACAAAAACGUAUUGCCACAUCUAGUUCCCAUGCAAUAUUCUUGGGUGUGUCAGGAUCUACUGCAUCUAUUACAAAUGAGGAUGCUAGUAUUCAGACUCGACCAAUGAGGAAUCUGGUGUCUUAUCUGAAGCAGAAGGAAGCCGCUGGUGUUAUAUCUCUUCUCAACAAGGAGACUGAAGCUACAGGAGUGCUGUACUCAUUCCCACCUUGUGAAUUUUCAACUGACCUUCUUAAGAGGACUUGCCAUAAUUUGACAGAAGAGAGUCUUAAGGAGGACCACCUUGUUAUUGUUGUAGUUCGUGGUGGUUCUGCUUAACAUUUAAAAAUCUGUAUCAUUUAUUAUUUGUAUGGAUUGUGUUUACAUAGUUUUAGUUUUAUUAUAAAGUUCUUUAUAGGUAUUUUUGCUAUUGUAACAGAAGUUAUACAUGUGAUGUGUUGGUGCCGUGAGGUGUAUUAACUUGUGAAGUUUACACAAACUUUGAUAAUUUUGUGCAAGUGCUGUAUAAUUCACAGUUACAGUUCACAUAGUGGUCAGCAAUAAUAAUUUAUUGCAUUCAUUUUGUAAUUAGGUUUGCUAGUAAUAAUGAUCAUCAUAAAUUUUAAAUUAAAAGUGUAUCUUAUUUUAUAUUAUCAUUUAGUGUAUUCAGUGUAUGGUAGGAGAAGUGUAGUGUAUGUGUGUGUACUUGUAAAAUAGAUACUUUCAUCUCAUGUUGUUGUUUUUUUACUCCUGUGAGUUAGUGAUUGAUGAAGUGUAAAGUGAAUGAGAAUGUGGCAUCUGUGUUUAAAAUCCUUGAGUGUUGACAACACUCUAUUGUGAAAUAGUCAGUCCUCAAAUUCAAUUGUGUAGUGAUAAGCACUUUGUGCUGUUAGUUAGUGUCACUUUCAAAAUUAAUAUUCUAGUAUGAUAAAGUAAACGAGUGCCCAACAAAAGUGACACCAAUGUCCAAAUACUGCAACUUUAUAAAACUGACAUGACAGUGAAAUGAAAUGGUGGUGGUGCCAAUAGUAAAAUACUAGUUUUUGUGAUGUUCUGUGGUUAGUGAAAACAAUGUCAGUUGAUAAGGUAUCUAUUUGCUUGCCUAUCUGAUAUGCAUUUCAAUCUAAUUGCCUUAAUUUUCUAAAGCCCCUUAAAACUUAAGGGUGAAUAAAAUUACUUGGAAAAUGUCCCACUUGCCAGAGUUUCUACUUACAACCUGCUGCUCUUGUAAUUAAUAAUGCGUUUCUAUUAUGUCCUCAACGAAAAUAUAUUUUAAAGAUUUUUUAUCUUACUAAAGAUAUUGUGUAGAAGCUUAUUAUUUCCCCAUAUACCUAGUAUAUUUAUUGUGAAAAAAUAAGACAAGAUUUGGAAAAGUUGUGAUUGAUUGCCUUAGCAUUUUCUAUGACAUCAUAUUACUAUGAUACCCUCAUGGGUAUGAAAGAAAAAUGCCAACCAUUUACACAAAAUUUACAGCUUCUCUUCCUACCAAUCAAAUAAAGUGGAGCAGAUGACGUGGGUACUUGCCUUGGUAAGUAGAAAGCUGGGUAGGUAUAAGAAAAACCUUACCUAGCUGAUUUUUUUAAGAUUUGUGUGGUGUACUUUCACUGUGAUUUAGAUUUAAAUACAUUUUUAAUUAUAGGUAAUUUAAUUAUAGGAUAUAUUAUGUGCAAUAAAUAAACGGGUUUAUAAUUAGGAAAUUAGAUCUUUAAUAGCUACCAAAUUAGGCGUUAGACUAUGACUGGCCUGGCCGACACAAUCUAAAUUGUCUUCAUUAGCUACGUAAGUACUUACGUAAGUAGGCAUAAUAAUUAUCCGUGACUCAGAUUUUGUUGUCAUUAGCCGCUUCUGCCAGCCCGCAUUAAACUUAUACCAGCGCUUUUAAGAAUAACACCAAUUCAACUCUUUCUUAUGGAUGUUCUAAAAGGCGACUAAUGGAAUAGGCACACUCGUCUAGUACAGCUUUUCAUUGUCCAAUAUGCGUUAUUAGUUUCCUCUGCAAAGGUUGUUGGUCAGGCAGGAGUCUGCGUAAAACCUAACUUACACAUCCAGAAUCAUGAUCAAAUGGUGCACUCCAGGCUCCUCUCCAGAGAUGAAGGUGAAAUUGGGAUUGAUAUCAGGAAAAAGAAGAAAAAAUGCGAAGCGUUAAAAUAUAAAUAAUAAGCUUUAGCCACCGGAUUUGCUUCCCCGCAAAGUACUUUUUUAUUUCUGGGAAGUGUUCAGUGUUUAACUCGUGAAGGAAAGAGACGAAUUUAGGAUGAUUUAUGGUUUUCUAGUUUCCUUAUUUUUACAGGUACAAACAUAUUCGAGUGCUUUCAAGUGUGAUUUCCAUCCGGGUGUGAUAUGAUUAAUAGUGUGUGAUCGGUGAUUGUGCUGAAUAGAAUACCUAGAACAAGAAAUAAAAUUCUUGAAUUUUA